AUGGAGUUGGAGUUUGUGGCAGCGCCUGGAGCUGGGCGGGAGCUACUUGGAGUGGGAGAGACGAUGAGUGAGAUCAUUGGGUCACCUGCAAUACUGAAGAAUAUGCUCAUCGACAACCAGGCAGCCAUACAGAAGAUUAAACGAGAAGCGUCGUCUACUUAA